AUGCAUGGUGUCACAAGAAAUGCAAGUGACUUGAAUGAAUUUGCUGGUUGGAUUAAUGAAACUUAUCCAGGUAUUUAUGUUAUAUCAGUCGAAAUUGGCAAUGGAGCUGAUGAUUCAUUUUUAUUAACAAUGAAUCGUCAAGUUGAACUAUUUUGUAAUACAAUUCAUGCCGAUCCACAUCUUCAAAAAGGAUUUAAUAUGCUUGGUUUUUCUCAAGGUAGUCUUAUUGUAAGAGCUGCUGUUGAACGUUGCUCAUUGCCUGUCUACAAUCUUAUUACAUUAAGUGGUAUUAAUGGAGGUGUUUUUGGUGUUCCGAAUCUUCAACAAUUACCUCCAGAUUUUCGAAAAUUAAUCAGUGAAUUUGCUUAUGAAAAAGCUGUUCAAGAUGUGAUUAGUGUAGCAGGUUAUUGGCGUGAUCCAUAUCAACUUGAUAAAUAUAUGAGUCGAUGUCAAUUUCUUCCGGAUAUCAACAAUGAAUUAUCGGUACGAAAUGAAAACUAUAAAAUGAAUAUGCUUAAAUUAAAUGCAUUCGUUAUAACUUAUUCAGAUGUCGAUGAAGUUGUUGCUCCAAGCCUAUCAGGAUGGUUUCUAGGUUAUAAACCAAAAUCAAUGGAUGUCGAACUAUGGAAUCAAUCUCGUCAAUUUACUGAAGAUCUUAUUGGUUUACGAACAUUAUGGGAUCAAGGGAAAAUCUAUCGAUUUACUUCACAUGUAUCACAUGGUGCUUCUGAUCAUAUGCCAAAUAAAGAUUUUCUUUUUCAAAAUAUAAUGCCAUUCUUUAAUAAUACAUUACCAGAAUUGUAA